AUGGCUGACGGUGAGAUGGCUGCUUUUGGGGAGGCAGCCCAGUACCUCCGAAAGUCAGAGAAAGAGAGAAUUGAGGCCCAAAAUCGCCCAUUUGAUGCCAAAACAUCUUACUUUGUAAUUGACCCUAAGGUCAUGUAUGUAAAAGGAGUCAUUCAGAGCCGAGACGGUGGAAAAGUAACAGUCAAGAAAGAAGACAACACCACUGUAACAGUGAAGGAAGACGAAGUUUUCCCCAUGAACCCCCCAAAGUACGACAAAAUUGAAGACAUGGCGAUGAUGACCCACUUGAAUGAACCAUCUGUCCUGUAUAACCUCAAAGAGCGUUAUGCAGCCUGGAUGAUCUACACCUAUUCUGGGCUGUUUUGUGCCACAGUCAACCCCUACAAGUGGCUGCCAGUGUACAACCCUGAAGUGGUCAAUGCUUACCGAGGCAAGAAGCGUCAGGAAGCCCCACCACACAUCUUCUCCAUCUCUGAUAACGCCUAUCAGUCCAUGUUGACUGAUCGUGAAAAUCAGUCUGUCCUGAUUACUGGAGAAUCUGGUGCUGGGAAGACUGUGAACACGAAACGUGUCAUCCAGUACUUCGCAACAAUUGCUGCUAUUGGUGACACAAAGAAGAAGGAUGAGCAGCCUGCUGGAAAAAUCCAGGGGAACCUUGAAGACCAGAUUAUCCAGGCUAACCCAUUGCUGGAGGCUUUUGGUAAUGCCAAGACUGUCAGAAAUGACAACUCCUCCCGUUUUGGUAAAUUCAUCAGAAUCCACUUUGGUACCACAGGAAAGCUGUCUUCUGCUGAUAUUGAAACAUAUCUACUGGAAAAGUCCAGAGUAACAUUCCAGCUGUCUGCAGAAAGGAGCUACCAUAUCUUCUACCAGAUCAUGUCCAACAAGAAACCAGAGCUGAUCGAUCAGCUCCUGAUCACAACAAACCCCUAUGACUUCCCAUAUGUAAGCCAAGGCGAGAUCACAGUGCCCAGCAUUGAUGAUCAAGAGGAGUUGAUGGCUACAGAUAGUGCCAUUGACAUCCUUGGGUUCACUGCAGAUGAAAAGAUGGGUAUCUACAAAAUGACUGGUUCCGUAAUGCACUACGGUAACAUGAAAUUCAAGCAGAAGCAAAGAGAGGAGCAGGCCGAGCCUGACGGCACAGAAGUGGCUGACAAGGUUGGAUAUCUGAUGGGUCUAAACUCAGCUGAUCUUCUGAAAGCUUUGUGCUACCCAAGAGUCAAAGUCGGAAAUGAAUAUGUGACCAAAGGUCAAACUGUCCAGCAGGUGUACAACAAUGUGGGUGCCUUGGCCAAGUCAGUCUUUGAGAAAAUGUUCUUGUGGAUGGUCAUCCGUAUCAACCAGCAGCUGGACACCAAGCAACCAAGACAGCACUUCAUCGGUGUCUUGGACAUUGCCGGAUUUGAAAUUUUUGAUUACAAUAGCUUGGAACAACUUUGCAUCAACUUCACCAAUGAGAAGCUGCAGCAGUUCUUCAACCACCACAUGUUUGUACUGGAGCAAGAAGAGUACAAGAAGGAGGGGAUCGACUGGGAGUUCAUUGACUUUGGAAUGGACUUGGCCGCCUGCAUUGAGCUUAUUGAGAAGCCAAUGGGCAUCUUCUCCAUCCUUGAAGAGGAGUGCAUGUUCCCCAAGGCGACAGACACUUCCUUCACAAACAAGCUGUAUGAUCAACAUCUUGGCAAGUCCAACAACUUCCAAAAACCUAAACCUGGCAAAGGCAAAGCCGAUGCUCACUUCUCCCUGGUCCAUUAUGCUGGGACUGUUGACUACAACAUCAGCGGCUGGCUUGACAAGAACAAGGACCCACUGAAUGAGACCGUCAUUGGGCUCUACCAGAAGUCUUCAGUGAAACUCCUGUCUUUCCUGUAUUCCGCAUAUUCUGCUACAGAAGCAGGUAUUAGUAGUGGAAAGAAAGGUGGUAAGAAGAAGGGUUCCUCUUUCCAGACUGUAUCUGCUCUUUUCAGGGAAAAUCUGAACAAGCUGAUGAGCAACUUGAGGAGCACCCACCCCCACUUUGUACGUUGUCUGAUCCCCAAUGAAACCAAGACCCCAGGUACUAUGGAUCAUCAUCUGGUCAUGCACCAGCUCAGGUGUAAUGGUGUGCUGGAAGGCAUCAGGAUUUGCAGGAAAGGAUUUCCCAGCAGAAUCAUCUAUGCUGACUUCAAACAACGUUACAAGGUCCUAAAUGCCAGUGCUAUUCCAGAAGGUCAUUUCAUUGACAGCAAAAAGGCUUCAGAGAAGCUUCUUGGAUCCAUUGAUAUUGACCACACACAAUACAAGUUUGGACACACUAAGGUCUUCUUCAAGGCUGGUUUGUUAGGUACCCUUGAGGAGAUGAGAGAUGAUAAGCUGGCACAGCUGAUCACUCGUACUCAGGCUAUGUGCAGAGGAUACCUCAUGAGGGUUGAGUUCAAGAAGAUGAUGGAGAGGAGAGAGUCCAUCUUCUGCAUUCAGUACAACGUCCGUGCUUUCAUGAAUGUCAAAACCUGGCCAUGGAUGAAGCUUUAUUUCAAGAUCAAGCCUCUUCUGAAGAGUGCUGAGUCUGAAAAAGAGAUGGCCAACAUGAAAGAGGAGUUUGAGAAGACGAAGGAAGCUCUUGCUAAGUCAGAAGCUAAGAGAAAAGAGCUGGAGGAAAAGAUGGUCUCCAUUCUCCAAGAGAAAAAUGACUUGCAGCUCCAAGUUGCAUCUGAAUCUGAGGGCCUGGCAGAUGCUGAGGAAAGAUGUGAAGGCCUCAUUAAAGCCAAAAUUCAACUGGAAGCCAAAAUCAAAGAGAUUAAUGAGAGGCUAGAAGAUGAAGAAGAAUCAAAUGCAGAGCUUACAGCGAAGAAGAGGAAACUGGAGGAUGAGUGCUCUGAACUGAAAAAGGACAUUGAUGAUCUUGAGCUGACAUUGGCCAAAGUGGAGAAGGAGAAACACGCCACAGAAAAUAAGGUUAAAAACCUUACUGAAGAAAUGGCAGUCCUUGAUGAAAGCAUAGCCAAACUUACAAAAGAAAAGAAGGCUCUUCAAGAAUCCCACCAACAAACUUUGGACGAUCUUCAAGCUGAAGAGGACAAAGUCAAUACUCUGACUAAGGCCAAGACUAAAUUGGAGCAACAAGUUGAUGAUCUUGAAGGAUCUCUUGAGCAAGAAAAGAAACUUCGCAUGGAAUUGGAGAGAGCAAAGAGGAAGCUGGAAGGAGAUCUUAAAUUGGCCCAAGAGUCUACAAUGGACUUGGAAAAUGAUAAACAACAACUGGAUGAAAAAGUGAAAAAGAAGGAAUUUGAAAUCAGUCAGCUCCAGAGUAAGAUUGAAGAUGAACAGGCUCUGGGAGCCCAGCUACAAAAGAAGAUUAAGGAGCUCCAGGCUCGCAUUGAGGAGCUUGAAGAGGAAAUUGAGGCAGAACGUGCAGCUCGCGCCAAGGCUGAGAAGCAACGUUCUGAUCUCUCCAGGGAGCUUGAAGAGAUCAGUGAGCGCCUGGAAGAAGCUGGUGGUGCAACCUCUGCUCAAAUUGAGAUGAACAAGAAGCGUGAGGCUGAGUUCCAAAAGAUGCGCCGUGACCUGGAAGAAGCCACUUUACAACAUGAAGCCACUGCCGCUGCUCUCCGAAAGAAGCAUGCCGAUAGUACAGCAGAGUAUGGGGAGCAAAUUGAUAAUCUACAGCGGGUCAAACAGAAACUGGAAAAAGAGAAGAGUGAACUCAAGAUGGAGAUUGAUGACCUUGCUGGCAACAUGGAAUCUGUCUCCAAAUCCAAAGCAAACUUGGAGAAAAUGUGCCGAACACUGGAGGACCAAUAUAGUGAAAUUAAGACAAAGGAAGAUGAGCAUAUUAGGGUACUUAAUGACUUAAAUACCCAGAAAGCACGUCUCUUAACAGAAAAUGGGGAAUUCGGGCGUCAGCUGGAAGAAAAAGAAUCUUUAAUUUCUCAGCUUUCUAGAGGAAAACAGGCUUUCACUCAACAGAUUGAAGAGUUGAAGAGACAGCUAGAAGAAGAAACCAAGGCCAAGAACGCGCUUGCACAUGGACUUCAGUCUGCCCGCCAUGACUGUGACUUGUUGAGGGAACAAUUUGAAGAGGAACAAGAGGCAAAGGCUGAACUUCAACGGGCUUUAUCCAAAGCAAAUGGUGAAGUUUCUCAGUGGAGAACAAAAUAUGAGACAGAUGCCAUCCAGCGUACAGAGGAGCUGGAAGAAGCCAAGAAGAAACUUGCACAGCGCCUACAAGAAGCUGAGGAGCAAAUCGAGGCUGUCAACUCAAAAUGUGCCUCUCUAGAAAAAACUAAACAAAGACUUCAAGGAGAGGUUGAAGACCUUAUGGUAGAUGUAGAAAGAUCAAAUUCAGCAUGUGCUGCUCUUGAUAAGAAACAGAGGAACUUUGAUAAGGUUCUGUCAGACUGGAAACAGAAAUAUGAGGAAGCUCAGGCUGAGCUCGAAGCUUCUCAGAAGGAAUCAAGAACCCUUAGUACAGAGGUAUUUAAGAUGAAGAAUUCAUACGAGGAAGCACUUGAUCAACUUGAAACACUAAGAAGAGAAAAUAAGAACCUCCAACAGGAGAUCUCUGACUUAACUGAACAAGUUGCUGAGAGUGGAAAGAGCAUCCAUGAAAUCGAAAAAGCCAAGAAACAGAUUGAACAGGAGAAGUCUGACCUGCAAUCAGCACUGGAAGAAGCAGAGGGAUCCCUGGAACAUGAAGAGGCCAAGAUCCUACGUAUUCAACUUGAGCUUAAUCAAGUAAAGGGUGAAGUUGACAGAAAAAUUGCCGAGAAGGAUGAAGAGAUUGAACAAAUCAAGAGAAACAGCCAGAGAGCCUUGGACUCCAUGCAGAGCACUUUGGAUGCUGAGAUCAGAAGCAGGAAUGAUGCUCUGAGACUGAAGAAGAAGAUGGAGGGAGAUCUUAAUGAGAUGGAGAUACAAUUAAGCCAUGCCAACCGCCAGGCCGCUGAGGCCCAGAAACAACUCAGGAAUGUACAAGGACAAUUAAAGGUGGGUCAUUUAAAGAUAUUUAUAAGCUUAAGAUAAGGUAAUUGACCUCAU